AUGAAGAUGGAAAUUACUAAAGGAAUUCAUCUAGCAGCACGAUCUCUUUGGGGUGGGAUUCCUCCACCAGGACAGAAAAAUGGCAAUUCUUACUCCGGGAAAUUCGAAUUGCGUCAGUUAUUGGAUUGGGAAUUGAUUCACGCAUCGUCCCCUCGGUUCUCACAGCAGCAUGAAUUAGCAUGGAUUCCAGGCUGUCUCAAUGGGGUUAGACCAUGCUCCUUGGCACAAUUAUUAGAUAGGCCAGGGAAGUUUCUUAGAUGGAGGGAUAUUGAGAUUACUCGGCUUUUGAUGGCCAAGGCAAUCAUAUUUGACGAUUCGAUUGCGCUAUCAAUUUCAUGUUCUUCAAGAAGAACAGGACCACUGAUGCCACUCUAG